UAGAAAACCAAAGUACAAGGAAAAUACUUCUCACCGUGGCUUAGUCUGCGCCAGUAGUAAUGCAUUAGAAAGUAAACGCGUUCGCGAAGUAACCUAUUCGUCCAUGCUCCUCGACCGAUUCACGACAAGUACGAUCGCCGAUUCUCACCACCUUUGCACACGCAAAUCAAGCCCAGCCGCAAAAUCGUCGAGCAAAGGCAGCCAUCUUUGCUGGCUCCAAAACGGGCUGUGGUUUGUGACAGAGAGACGUUAGUGGUAUCUUGAUGCGGUUCAACCGACCAUCCCGUCGCCUAUGCACUCUACGAAAGUUCGGAAAUCAUUUUUAAGCGCGGUUAAAUAGGGGAAUUGAGGAACUCGUGUCACGAAUUCGUGCUACCAAAAUAUGGCAAUGGAGACGCCGAAGGAGCGUGAGAUCGCCGCGGAGGAUAGUAUCAAGGUAGUCUGUAGGUUUCGACCUUUGAACGACUCCGAGGAAAGGGCUGGCUCGAAGUUUAUCGUUAAAUUCCCUUCCGGCGGCGAAGAGAAUUGCAUCUCCAUUGGGGGAAAAGUAUAUCUUUUUGACAAAGUAUUUAAACCAAAUGCUACUCAAGACAAAGUAUAUAACGAAGCGGCUAGAUCAAUUGUCACAGACGUAUUGGCUGGAUACAAUGGCACUAUUUUUGCAUACGGUCAAACAUCUUCGGGAAAAACGCACACGAUGGAAGGUAUUAUCGGAGAUCCAAAUAAACAGGGUAUUAUUCCCAGAAUUGUUAACGAUAUUUUCAAUCACAUCUACGGCAUGGAAGAAAACUUGGAAUUUCAUAUCAAAGUCUCAUAUUUUGAAAUCUAUAUGGAUAAAAUCAGAGAUCUUCUCGAUGUGUCUAAAGUAAAUUUAAGCGUACACGAAGAUAAGAAUCGAGUUCCAUUCGUGAAAGGUGCAACAGAGCGAUUUGUAUCUAGUCCCGAAGAAGUAUUCGAGGUAAUAGAGGAAGGAAAAUCUAUUAGACACAUCGCUGUAACUAAUAUGAAUGAGCACAGUUCGCGUUCUCAUUCCGUAUUCUUAAUAAACGUGAAACAAGAAAAUCUGGAAAAUGAAAAAAAGCUUUCUGGAAAAUUGUAUCUUGUUGAUUUGGCUGGUUCCGAGAAGGUUUCCAAGACGGGGGCAGAGGGCACCGUGUUGGACGAAGCAAAAAAUAUUAAUAAAUCCUUAUCGGCGCUUGGCAAUGUAAUUUCAGCUUUAGCCGAUGGAAACAAAACUCACAUUCCUUAUCGUGAUUCAAAGUUGACUCGAAUUCUACAAGAAUCUCUCGGUGGCAAUGCUAGAACUACGAUUAUUAUUUGUUGCUCGCCAGCUAGUUUUAACGAAUCAGAAACAAAAUCGACCUUAGACUUUGGUAAACGUGCCAAGACUAUCAAGAACGUUGUCUGUGUCAACGAGGAAUUGACAGCUGAAGAAUGGAAACGUCGCUACGAGAGAGAAAAAGAGAAGGCAGCUAGGUUGAAAGGAAAAGUUGAGAAAUUGGAGGCUGAAUUAUCGCGUUGGCGACAGGGUGAAACGGUUAAUCCCGAGGAACAAGUUAAUUUGGUAGAAGCGCAAGACGUUAUAACGCCAAUUCACAUUUCCAUUGAAGGUAAACUUGACGAUGGUCCGAUGCCAGCAACUCCUGGUGGCAGCCUGAUGGCAGGCUCUUUAUCCAACGAAGAAAGACAAAAACUGGAAGAGGAACGAGAAAGACUUUAUCAACAAUUGGAUGACAAGGAUGAGGAGAUUAACCAACAAUCGCAAUACGUCGAGAAGUUGAAAGAACAAAUGGAAGAACAGGAGGAAUUAAUCGCCAGUGCAAGACGAGAUUACGAGCAACUCCAACAAGAAAUGAACCAAAUACAACUAGAAAACGAAAGCGCCAAGGAAGAAGUUAAAGAAGUUUUGCAAGCACUGGAGGAACUUGCAGUUAAUUAUGACCAAAAAUCGCAGGAGGUUGAAGGGAAAAAUAAAGAACAGGAAGCUUUGAUGGAAGAGCUUCUAACUAAACAAACAGCAUUGAACACUACUGCUUCCGAAUUGCAACAACUACGAGACAUGUCUGCGCAUCAGAAGAAACGCAUCGCGGAAAUGUUAGCGAAUUUAUUGAAAGAUUUGGGCGAAAUUGGAGUUGCUAUUGGCGGCGAUGAAAAUUUGAAGGUUGCGCCGGAAAGCAAUGGUAAACUCGAAGAAGAAUUCACAGUGGCGAGACUUUUCAUUAGCAAAAUGAAAUCAGAGGUGAAGAAUUUAGUACAACGUUGCCAGGGAUUGGAAAGUUUCCAAGUGGACUGCAACAAGAAAGUUUCUGAAUAUGAAAAAGACUUGGCCGAUUGUCGUUUAUUAAUAUCGCAACACGAAGCUCGUAUGCAGACAUUAACGGAAUCGAUGAAAGUAGCGGAAACGCGAAAACGCGCUUUAGAAGAGGACGUCGAUGCUCUACGCGAAGAAUGCGCAAAGCUGAAAGCUGCGGAGCAAGUACAAGCUGUCACGAAUAAGGAAAAAGCUGAAGAAAAGGAAGCAGCGACAAAGAUGAGAGUGGCACUGGAAGAACAAAUGGAUCAAUUGCGGGAUGCUCAUCAGAAACAGGUUGCUGCGCUCCGAGACGAACUAUCUGAAAAGCAAGAAUUAAUCGGUGAACUGAAAGAUUUGAAUCAGAAAUUCACGUUAGCUCAUCAACAAAUGCAAGCCGAUUACGAACGACUGAAACAAGAAGAAGCAAACAAGUCCGUUAAACUACAAGAACUAAUCUUGCUUAACGAACGCCGGGAACAAGCACGAAAAGAUCUCAAAGGUCUGGAGGAGACGGUAGCCAAAGAACUUCAAACGUUGCACAACUUGCGCAAACUAUUCGUCCAGGAUCUCCAGUCUAGAAUAAAGAAAACUAUGAAUGCGGAAGAUAACGAAGACGACGGCGGAUCGCUUACGCAAAAACAAAAGAUUUCCUUUUUGGAGAACAAUUUAGAUCAGCUUACAAAGGUUCACAAGCAACUCGUGAGGGACAACGCCGAUCUUCGUUGCGAAUUGCCCAAGCUUGAGAAGAGAUUGCGAGCUACAAUGGAGCGCGUGAAAGCCCUCGAGACAGCAUUGCGAGACGCCAAAGAAGGCGCAAUGCGAGAUCGUAAACGCUAUCAAUUCGAGGUAGAUAGAAUCAAGGAAGCUGUAAGACAGAAGAGUCUGGCCCGUCGCGGACCAAUUCCACAGAUUGCUAAACCGAUUAGAGCUGGUCAACAUCAUAUAACCAAUGUUAACCAAUGUAUGAUUAGAACAGGAAAUCGUGAUAUGGGUAACAACGUACAGCGAUCGUGAGCAUAAUGCCAAACCCUUCACUUUUACAGAAAACACAUGCAAGAACGCUUUCAUCGAUGAAAACAAAAGAGUUCCAGAGACUCUGAUUCAAUUACAAUAGUAAGGGCAAUAGACGUAUAAUAUAUCCGCAAGGAGCACCGCCAGUUCUUUUUAUUUGUCUCGAAACAAGCAUGUGCUUGGGUAUAUUCAGACAAGUGCAUUAAGUUAUGAAGUUAGCGCUGCAUGUCCUAUCGAUUUGUAAAUAGUUAAUUUUUAUAAAUUAUUUAAUUUAAUAUUAUGCACGAUAAAUAAAGGUGAAUGUCUGUCAAAUAAUCACGCAAAGGCCUCUCGUAUAAAAUACUUUGAUUAUUUUAUACUACUAUGUCCUAUUCCAAAUAUUUCAUCAUCUUGAAAGGAAAAAAAUUAAAUGAAUUCCGCUUAUCGCAAGAUAACGACUAAAUUUUUCAGAUUCACUCUGAUAUAAUUUGACUGGCUUGUAUGUAGUAGUUUUAUCGAAUCUGCUAUAAAGCAUUAAAAUUUUUGAAUAAAGGAGGCAGUACUAUUAAAGAUUUGGUAGGUAUCGCUAACGUGAGAUGCGAUUGGACAUGCGGCCUUGAGAAAAUUGUAGAAAUGAUCGUGGCUUAUAAGUAUUUAUAAUUGUAAGAAUUCUCUCCAUUGCUAUUAACAAAUUUGCGACGACAGAUAACUCGAGAUCUUUCUGACGAGGGCCCGCUUAACCGAGAGAGUUAAGUUUGUUGGCUUCUCUAACUGAUUACCAAGGUCCACGAACCAACGGCUUUACGAGAGAAUAUUUUCGACAGGACAAUUUCAUCCCAACCUUCAUUCACGUUUACUUUAUACUAAUUAUAGUCCAGUUUUCAUUGCAUCGAUCUUUAUAUAAUCAUUUAAUUUAAAUUAAUUUAUUAUCGCUUAUUUUGUUUAUAUCAGAGGCUUUUUAUACUACAUUUAAAGUUCGCAGCCCAACGAAAUUGGUCUGUAGGAGAGUCUUUUGUCUUAGAUAAACAAUUUAGUUUACGUUUCUUCGUUAUUGAGCUCGUGCUCAGAAGUUACCUAAAUGUAUACUGUACGUCUAAUUGUGAGCUGUUGCACAGGUCUGCUUAAGUUCCUAAAACCUGUUGCAGGCCACGGAUAAUUCGCUCGCAACACAUUGUUUCUCUGAAUGCAUCGUACACACAAGUGCAUUUUCUUUUUUCCUUUUUUUCUUUUUAAUAAACUCUGUUCUCUAUCUGUA